AUGGAUGCAUUCAGCUUAAAGAAAGAUAAUCGAAAGAAGUUCCAGGACAAACAGAAACUGAAACGAAAGCAUGCUACACCCAGCGAUAGAAAAUACCGGGUAUUGAACCGCCAAAAGGAGGAGGAGGCCGCCACCGAGGAGCAAGAGCAAGAACAGCCUGCUCUGGAGUCUAACGAGGUCAGAUACUACGAGGACCCAUCGCUGGCGCUGGAGGACCCGCGCACCGCAGCGACCAGUGCAGAGGCGAACAGGGUGCUGAGGGGCGUCCUCAGAAACCGUCUUCAGCAGGGUGACGGCAACCCCGGGGUCGAUGAGGCCGCCAACACCGAUGCAUUGAAGAUCAAAGACCUCAAACAGAUGGGUGUCGCUGAACUCAACCGUUGGCUUGGCCGGGAAAAUGCAACAACAACGGCAACGGCGGCUGCGCCGCCGGCUGCACCACACGUGGAAAGUGAGCAGGAUCCUGUUAGCCAGAAGAUACUUUCUCGUUCGGCCGAUCUACCGGAAGAUCUAGAGACGGACCAAGAUUUUUUAGAUGGACUGCUCUAA